AUGGAGGCCGAACUCGCCGAGCUCAAGGCUGAAGUCAAGAGACUGCAUGCCAAACUGCAAAAAGUCGAGGACGAGGCGGAAAUCAGAAAGGUUCAUUUCAAAUAUGGAUAUUACCUUGACAAGUGUCUGUACAACGAAGUCGUCGACAUGUUCUCCAACCACCCGGACGCGUACGUCGAAUUCCUGGGCUCGCGCUACCGCCGCAAGGAAGGCAUCCGGCGCCUUUACAUCGGGCGGUUCCAGACGCACUUCGUCAAGGGCCGCAACGGGCCCGUGCACGGCUUCCUGCUCGACCACCCGAUGAUGCAGGACAUUGUGGACGUGGACCCCUCGGGGACGAGGGCGUGGGCGCGCAUCCGCGCGCUCAUGUCGGCCGGCACGCACCAGUCGAUCCAGGAGGAGCACCCGCGGGGACACGCGCAGUGGUGGGAGGGCGGGCUGUACGAGAACGAGUACAUCAAAGAAGACGGGGUGUGGAAGCCCUUCCGCUACCGAUACUUCCCCUUCUGGCACGCCGACUUUGAGCGUGGAUGGGCUCACACCAAGAAAAACUACGUCCCCUGGCCGACUAAGACGUUUCCAGACGACCCCAUGGGUCCGGACGAGCUGAUCGAGCAGAAGAUGUUGUGGCCUGACACGCGCGUGGUGCCUUUCCACUACGCACACCCCGUCACCGGACAGAUGGUGAGCCCGGACGAUCUGCGCGCCCCAAAGUACGGGGAGGACGUCAGCACGAGCUUGCCGCCGCUGAGCAUUGCCUUGCCCAAGGACCAGCUAGAGAAGGAGGCCGAAGCGGCAAAGACGGUCGUGGUCGAGAACGGCGAGAUUGCGGAUAGCACACCGGCGUGA